AUGGUGGAACAAGCGGAAAAGAAAGCCCCUGAAAAGCCUGACUGGAUUAAACAGGCAGAAGAAAGAAGCGCACGUUUGGCAAAGACCAAGCAACUUUCCCCAGCAAGCCAAGUCCCUCAGCUUCAGAAAGUUCCUAGAUCAAUACUAUGUGGAUUUGAGCCAAGCUGCAUAUGCAGCAGACAGCUUGACCCCGUUUACGGCCAAGCCUUGCGCUUGCCAAAUCAUGCGCGCGCAUCUUCAAUUUCGCGUGAGCUCAUUCAUCGGUCUGUCAUGGCCAUUGUCCAGGCUACACCAAGAAAACCGCCAAGACGCAGUGUUUCAUUUGAGUGCCGUGGCGAUGACCGACCCAACAGCUUCAAGGCCCGCCAAAAUACCUUGACGAGGGCAACCUUAGCAGUUUUGCAAACUAAACCAGCGCCACCAGUGCAGACCGGCAAGAAACGCUUGCGCCAGGAAACCAGUCAGACUCCAAAUAUUUCCUCACAAAAAAUCAGACAGAACAAUUUACCUUCAGAUGACCUCUUUUUGGUGGUAAUGCCUUCCGCGAAGUCGGUUUGGAAUCCACCUUCAACGUUCAAGGUCACGUGUACCAUCGGAUUGUGUCUCUUUUGA